CCAGGCCGCCCAGUGACUUCCUUUCUGCUCCGCCCUCAACACCCAGAGACCUCUGUAUUCACCGCUGAAGGGAAGGCAGGAGGCCGGGGCUUCUCUGGGCCACUUCAGAGUCUGUUACCAAGAAAGGUGAGCCUGAGCCUGUGAGCUGGGGUUAAGAGGGGUCUUGGCUGUGAGACCAAUGUGUCUGCUGCCUCCACACCUGCAUUUUGCAAAGCACUGUGCAGUGCAUGCGGCACAGGCAAGUGCAGGCUUCCAGAUGCUUGAGCGAUGGUCUGGAUUUCAACUUGAGCAAGUUCAGAGGAAGUUUUAGGAGUACACAUAUUCUUGAUGAACAAAACUCGUCUCUUCCCAUACUACUUUCAUGCGGAAUGAGCACAUGAAUGAGAAAAUAACUGAGAGUCAUCUAAGAAGCAUGGGAGGAAGGAAGAUGGCAAGAGACGAGGAAAGCAUCUAUGGCUUGGAGGAGGAUUCACCGGCCCCAAGGGUGCCCCUGCUGAGGCUCAUCCUGGUAGGUAGAACCGGGACUGGCAAGAGUGCCACUGGUAACAGCAUCCUGGGCCAGAAGUGCUUUCUGUCCAAGCUGGGGGCUGUGCCUGUCACCAGAGCCUGCUCCCGCGCCAACAGGAGAUGGGCCACCUGCUACGUGGAGGUGGUGGACACCCCAGAUAUCUUCAGCUCUGAGGUUCUGCAGACCGACCCUGGGUGCAUGGAGACAGCCCGCUGUUUCCUACUGUCAUCACCCGGGCCGCAUGUGCUGCUGCUGGUCACCCAGCUAGGUCGCUUCACCACCCAGGACUGCCAGGCGCUGGCUGGGGUGAAGCGGGUGUUCGGGGAACAGGUGAUGGCGCGGACUGUUGUGGUGUUCACUAGAAAGGAAGACCUAGCUGGAGAGUCGAUCCAGGAUUAUGUGCGCUGCACUGAUAACCACGCGCUGCGGAAGCUGGUAACAGAGUGCGGGGGUCGUGUGUGCGCCCUGAACAACCUCGCUACUGGCCAUGAGCGUGAGGCACAAGCUGAGCAGCUGCUAAACUUGGUCGCUCGCCUGGUGAGGGAGCACGGCGGCACGUACUACUCCAAUGAAGUGUAUGAUCUGGUGAAGACCAUGCGGAGCGCUGAUCCCCAGGACCAACUCACCAAGGUGGCAGAGAUGGUGGCAACACGCAUGCACAGACCCCUGCACACCAGGCUUCUAACUAGGUUGUGGGAAUGGCAGAAAUCCUACAAGAAGGGCGUGACUAUCUUCCUGGGUGUGGCCUUCCUCAUAUACCUGCUGGUCUACAAAAAGAUGGGCAUUGGGGACCAGAAUAGCAGAUACUCGGCAAGUGGCCAUCCUGUGAGAGCACCAUUCAUCAGGCACAAUCGCUCCUCCUGCCUGCAAGGGACUCAUGCUGGUGACGGAGGCCGAGCCCCGGAGAGUCCAGGCACACUCUGGUGCCACAGGACACUUGUGGAAGUCAGAGGACAACUUUCUGAAGUAACAUCUACCCUUAUCCUUGGUGCAAACAGCAUCUUUCUUGUGUCUGCUAUACCAUGGGCUAGCUGGCCUGACAGCUUCCAGCCAAUUCUCCUACCUCCACCGGCUGCUUCACUGUGUGCGAUGCUGGGAUUGCAGGUGGAGAAAAGAAUGGAAGGCCUUAAGAAGGGCACGUAUGGAACCAUAGCUGAAGGGAGCAGGGAAGCCUGCUAUGUAGCAGAAUCCUGCUGGCUGAGGAUCCUCCUGGUGGGCAAAUCUGGCUGCGGGAAAAGCGCCACAGGGAACAGCAUCCUCUGCCGACAAGCAUUCGAGUCCAGGCUCGGAGCCCAGUCAGUGACCAGGACCAGCCAGGCAGAAGUGGGCACAUGGAAGGGAAGGAGCUUCCUAGUGGUGGACACGCCUCCCAUCUUUGAGUCAAAGGCCCAGAACCAAGACAAGGACAUUGGAGACUGCUACCUGCUGUGUGCCCCAGGCCCCCAUGUACUGCUGUUGGUGACCCAGCUGGGACGCUUCACAGCCCAGGACACCACAGCCGUGAGGAGGGUGAAGGAGAUCUUCGGGGCGGGAGUCAUGAGGCACAUGAUCAUCCUCUUCACACACAAGGAAGACCUGGCCAAUGAGACCUUGGAUGAGUUUGUGACCCACACUGACAACCACAGCCUGCGCAGCCUGGUCCAGGAGUGUGGGAGGAGGUACUGUGCCUUUAAUAACAGGGCCUCUGGGGAAGAGCAGCAGGGACAGCUGGCAGAGCUCAUGGCCCUGGUGAGGGGGCUGGAGCAGGAGUGUGAGGGCUCCUUCCACAGCAAUGACCUCUUCUUGCAUGCCCAUGUGUUCCUCAGUGGUGGCAACAGUGAGCGCCAGGAAGCCUACAGGUGCUACCUGGUCAAAGUGAGGCAGGAGGUAGAGAGGCAGAGGCGGGAGCUGGAGGAGCAGGAGGGCAGCUGGGCGGCUAAGAAGCUUUGCAGAGUCAAAGCGUGCACGUGUUCCCACAUCGUAGCAGUCACCGUUCUGAUUAUGUGUGGUUUGAUUAUUAUAGCUAUUUUAAUUAACUUGUAUAUUACCCAGGGGCACUGAGCCUCUUCAGGGGAUUUCUGCCAUCAGCCCUUCCCCUUCCCCCCAUCUCUGACUAUGCUGGGGACCUCAGUUGCACUCUCAUUGACUCCCUGGAAUCAGAUAAACCAGUUUUCUUAUUAAUAACAUUAUGUAAAUUGCCAGGGGCUGUGAGAGUUACAGUAGGUGACAACUCGUGUUCAGAUGUCAACCCAGCAGAGGAAUGGUUAUCUGAUGGAGGGUAAAUGAUGAGGGAUGUCCUUCUGUAUAUAUGUUUUUUCUUAUUGGUUGAUUAAUAAAAUAGUUUGGCCAAUAGAGGCAGGAAGAUAGGCACAACUAGAAGAUGAGAAUUCUGGGAAAGGUAGGCAGAGAGAGACUGGGAGAAGAGGCCAUGUAGGGACUGGGAAGAAAGGACACACCAAACAUUCUCUGGUAAGAUAAGACCAUGUAGAAGUACAUAGAUUAGUAGUAAUGGGUUAAUAAUUAAGACAGAGCUAGCCAAUAAGAAGCCCUAGCCCAUCAGCCAACCAUUUUAUAACUAAUAUAGUGUCUCUGUGUUUAUUUGGGGCUGAAGCAGCAGCAGGACCUUGCAGGACAAGAGAAGUCCUGGCAACAGUUAAUCCUGUCCAAACAAGAUCUGCAGAACCAUCAACUCUGGAAACUGUUGCUCACUUUGCUAAAGCAGUUUGGUGUCUCCCCAAUACCUGCAUUGUAGUAUGUAAUCUCAUGAUUGCAUCUCAGUCUUAUGGGCACGUAUGUCUGUGGGUAGUUAGGUGACUUUUCAUUUAGCUGUAUGGUUUUUACAUAUAGAAUGUAUACUAGGGCAUGCUUCAUAAUUAGAUCUUUUUGUCCCAUGAGGGCUAUAGAUGCUUAAAAGCCUGCUCUGUUCCUUUUGGCUUAGACUAACAACACACAAUUAGCUCACCUUUUCCUCAAAGCACAUUCAAACUAGACUAAGUAGAACAUAAAUUUAAAACUUUACAGCUUUCGCAAAGUCAGAGUCAUAGAUGUCCAACCAAGGCUAUCAGGAAAAUCAUGCCAAUUCUUCCCUUGCCAGUGUGUUAACAAAAGGCUUAUUUAUGUCUCAAAGCUUAUCUCACUGUAUGCCCCCCCCCCCAAUGUCAUGGUAACCUUGGGCCCUUGUGUUGCCAUGGUAAUGGCUUAACUCCUUGUCCCUUGCCCUAGGAAUGUUCUUUUGAGCAAUGAGAAACAACUUUUGUAUUUUCUUUAUUGCUUCAAGUCUCCUGAGAGAAAGACAGUUUUGAAACUAGAUAGAGAAGAAUCUGGAAAAAGCUAGAAGUAAGACAUAAGAAGUAAGACAGGAGGAUCAGAAUAAAAGCAAGAGAAUAAAGAGGCUGUGAAAGUCAGGUCCCCUGAGCAAGUGGAAGCUCAUGAACCCCAGUCUGACAGCUGGGGAACCAGCAUAGAAUGGAACCAGGCCCCUGAAUGUGGGUGUCAGUUAGGAGACCUGGGCAGUCUACGAGGUCUCUGGCAGUGGAAUCAGUAUUUAUCCCUAGUACACAAAUGGAUUUUGGAAGCCAAUUUCUCAUGAAUGGACUUCCUCCCUUAGCCUAGAGCCUUGGGGGGGUGGCGACUAGGCCCUUCCACAAAUGAUAUGACAGACUUUGAUGAUCCCCCAUGGAAGGUCUCACCCUCCCUGGGGAGUGGAUGGGAGGUUGGUGUGUUGGUGUGGGGCAUGGGAGGAUGGGAGGGAGAGGGAACUGGGACUGAUAGGUAAAUUAAUUGUUUCUAAUUUAAAUUAUAUAUAUAUAUAUAUAUAAUUUAUAUAUGUCUCCAUCAUCUCUCCAACCCCAAGAAAGGAUAAGGGCAGUGUGUCUGAAGCAGGGGGCUCUGAGUAUAGAAGAGAAUGAAGUCAAGAGGCUUGGGCAUGAGUGGGAACUGGGUGAAGAGGUCAUAAGAGCAGCGUGGGUCUCACCCCAAGGAACACAAUGUGAGCAGUCAAGAAACACAGGAAGAAGAGAAUCUAAGGUCAGUGAUUAAAAGGCCUGAAGAUGCGUAUCUUGGGCUUGGAAGAUUGUAUAGUAGACAGCAUAGACACAAAAGCCACUAUGAUCAAGAGGCUACAUAUUCAUAAAAUUUGAUGAGCACUGAAUUUUAAAUCACAUAUAAUUUCCAUGUGUGAAGCUAUAACAUUAUUCUCCUUAAUUCUUCAGCCAUUUUAAAAAAAUAAACAAAAGGUGGGCUGGGUGGUGGUGGCACAUGCCUUUAAUCCCAGAAUUCAGGAGGCAGAGGCAGAGGCAGGCAGAUCUCUGUGAGUUUGAGGCCAGCCUGGUCUACAAAGCUACACAGAGAAGCCCUGUCUUAAAAUACAAAAAGAAAACGGUGAAAAUGAGUUGGAGAACCGGCUCAAGGGAUAAGAUCGCAUAUUGCUCUUCUCCAAAACCAGAGUUUGAAUCCCAGCAGCCACACCAGGCAGCUCACAAUAGCCUGUGACUGCAGCUCGAGGUAGUCCUAUGCCCUUUUGUGGCCUCCAGCGGCGCUGCACUCACACGUGCACAUUUCCAUACAGACACACAUGCACACACACAAAUAGAAAUAAAAUUAGUCUGUGUGUGUGUGUGUGUGUGUGUGUGUGUGUGUGUGUGUGUGAAAAUCAGAUUAGGAAGAUGGAUUUGGGGUGGUGGGUAAAGUACUUGCCCAACACCAAACAUGUGUCCAUAUAAAACCAAAGCUCAGUGGUGCACAUCUGUGAUUCCAGAACUGGAGGGAAAGGGAUGCAAGCGGAUCCCAGGGUCUCUCUGGCCAGCCAGUCUAGUGGAAAAGGCAGCUCCAGGAUGAGUGAGAGAAAUGCUUUGGAGUAAAGCUUCCAAGAAAAUGAAAAACUCUACAAUGAAAAGUGUAAGACAGAGGAAGAAACAGGAGAUGAAAGGAUUGAUCACACUCAAACACUCAGACAUUUCUCAAAAGAUGGACUGCAAAUGACCAAAAAGCAUAAGAAAAAAAUGUCUGCAUUACUAACCAUUAGAAAAAUGCAAAUUUCUUGAGGGGUUGGAAGGAUGGCUCAGCAGUUAAGAGUGAGUGUGUUUCAGAGGACCAGAGUUGGUUUCCCAGAAAUCACAUCAAGCAAUUCUCAACUGCCUGUAACUCCAGGUCUAAGGGGCCUGGAACCCUCUUCUGGAGAGGAUGCAGGGAAAAGGAGGAUACUUAUACACUGCGGGUGUGGAUGUAAACUAGUUCAGCUACCAUGGAAAUUAGCAUCUUUAGGAAACUAAAAAUAGAUAGACCAUGUAACCCAGCUAUAGCAUAUAGAAUGACAAGGCAUCUGAUUUCCUCGGUUUUGGUCCAGUGUUUCCAUACUGUCCUCCUGUUCUUCCUUUGGAAAUGGGAAUGUUUACUCUGUGCCCUGAUAUAGGGGAAGUACACAGGUUGCUAUGUUCAUGCAUAUUCAUCCAUAUUCACACCACAGAGACAACCACACAUCAGUGUCUAUGGCGGCACUAAGCAUUGCUAACAACAGCUCAAUUAUUGAACCUAAAUGAUCUAAAAUCGGAAAAUGAAAAGUAAAGUGUGGUGACAAUGGAACCUUUUUCUGCUUAUUUCAUUCUUCAAGCAUGACAACUAUAGUUACAUCAUUUCUACCCCUCCAAUGUCUCCUAGGUCUUUCUUAUUCCCUCUCAGCUCCAUGGCCUCUAAUCCUUUCGUUAUUAUACAUAUGUGUCCUAGUGUACAAAUAAAUACUACCUGCUGAGU